GACUUAACAGCUUUUUCUCAGGAAAACUUUGAUCCUAAGGAUUGGAUCAACAAUGUUUUUCGUAGCCAGGAAGGACAACAAAACCGAGAUCAAUAUGCAUCAUCCUUGGUUAUGAGGUUGCAGUUAGCCAUACAAGAGGUGAACAAUGCUCUGGAGGAGACAAGUCAGCAGGUGGUUGGCAGCUUGCCAAGGGUUGUCAGAGAUGUUGAAUCACUGGGGCAUGAAGUUGCUGUUCUCAAAAAUCAGAUGAACAGUGUUAGGCAAGACAUUGAGAAGGUAGAGCACAACACAGCAGCAAGCAUGCAGACAUUAGUUAAGCUAGACUCUCUGAAGGGUCGCUUGGUGGCAUCUUCUCAAGCACUUAGGGAAGCAGAUAACUGGACCACACUCUCAACAGAUAUCGAGGAGGUAAUGGACAGUGGAGAUCUUGAUGCCAUUGGAACCAAAUUGGUGGCACUGCAGAACUGCCUUGGUAUCUUAACUCACGUACCUGAUUAUGAGGAUCGUGUGGCACACCUUGAAGGCCUUAAAGUCAGGCUAGAAGCUUUAGCCAGCCCCCAUAUUGUUGGAGCAUUUACACAGCACAAUCUAGAAGAAUCUGUAAAGUAUGCACGUCUGUUGAAAUCAUUAGGGCGCGUUAGCCAGCUGGAAAGUUAUUAUCACAAGUGUGAAAUUGGUCAACUUGGAACUGCUUGGCGUGGAGGAGUAGAAGGUUCUCUUUUAAGUGGUCCUCCCACAUGGCUCACAUCAUUCUAUGAUAAAAUAGCUUUGCUAACAUCACAGCAGGUACGGUGGUGCAGUCAUGUGUUUGAAGGAUCAGAUGCCAACCUCUUACUCUCUCAGUUAGUGGCAUCAACCUUUACAUCGCUUGACCCGCCUGUUUCCCAGGUAAUUGCUGCAGCUGCUAAACAGCAAGAGGAACCACUUGCUUUUCUGAUAUCUGUAAAAACUGCAGGUGAUCAGUUUUUAAGGGAUAUUGAAGCAACUCUCGGUACUGCAAAACCAGGGGAUCAAGCGUAUUUCCAAGCUCAAAGGAUAGCUGUACAAGCAGUGUACAGUCCCCUUCAAGAUCAGAUUGGCAAAUAUCAAGAAUAUGAGGAAGCCUUAUUACUCUCUCAUCUCAUAUCUGCAGACAUUGUGAAAAGUGAAAUGGCAGAAACACUGUGCAGGUUACGUGAAUACUGUGGCAAAUUGUCUAGUCAAGCUGAUUCUGCAGCAGAGAGAUGUUUACAACUCACAAGUGGAUGGUCAUUUCCUGCUCUCAUAGCAGCUCUUGCCACAUAUGUAGAACAGUUUACUAGUCGGCUGACUCAUGCUGCUCGGCACAUUGAAAAGCAGAAAGCUUCUAUUACUGAUGACUGGACUGUGUUUACUACAUGUCUCAAUCUUAUGCAAGCUGCAGGGGAGUUGGUUAUGGCAGUAGAUAACAUGGAGCAUUCAUUGGCGACUCUCUUUACUAAUGCUGCUGCUAAAUUUGUGUGGGAGGCUGCUACACCUUUCACUGCUACUCCAGAUCUCUUACUCUCAUCCCAUGCAGUAACUCAGUUAAAAAAAUUGAUGGUAAAAGUAAUAGAUGAAGAUGGUCGACUCCUGGAGAACAGUAUGACAGAGUCUCAGGCCCAGUGUCAGAACGCAGUGGAAGCUGCUCUUCACACGAUCAUGAACCCCAUAUCAUCUCAGCUGAUUGCUCUGCCUGAUUUACCUGCUUGGAACUCUCGCCAAGCAGCUUCUACUCACCUUUCCUUCUCCUUCUCUCCGCAAGAAUAUAUCACACAAAUAGGACAAUACUUGAUGACGCUGCCUCAGCAUCUUGAGCCGCUCCUUGUCAACCACAGUCCUGCUCUUAACCGAGCCUUGCAAGAGGCUAAUACUUCUUGUAGUGCAGGUGGACGAGUGGUGAGUGAAAGUGAAAUAAGUGCUGCAGACUUCCUCAUCAACAGUGUUGGUCAGAACACUUCUAAGCUCUACACUGAUGCUAUCCUCAAGAUUCCUGACAUAAGCACAUCAAUGAUUACCCAGCUCACCACAGAUAUUGAUUAUAUUUGUAAUAUCUUGGAGGACCUGGGAGUGAGCACUUGUGAGCCACUUGAUAAACUGAACACCCUUUUGAAGACUCCUGCUGACCGGUACUGGAAAAUAGCUCCUGGAAAUAACCCAAGACUAAUUGCUGCUGUGAGACAGAUGCGAAAUAUUCCUGUACAGUCUUAAAUUUAUUUUUGUGCUGUUAGGAAACUUCUUGCUUUAAAUUUGAUAUUUGCAUGUAACAUUUUGCAUAAUUUUUUUAAUAUAUUUGUAUUUGUGUGUAACUUCAGAAAUAUAUUUUACACCUGAGAAUCUAAGAUGAAUAAAGAACCACGGUAUAGGCGGGGAUUGAACUUGCUUCUAGUGAGUUGUAAAACUCCAGACUGGCAUAUUAGCCACUGGGCCAGCUGGCUACAAUAAAAUUUGUCUAACUAGGUAUAUAUGUACACCAAAAGAAGAUUAGAGUGUUGGGUGAGUUGAAGAAGUCCUCUUCAGCUUGCUGAUGGACACCAGUUCCAGCUCACAGUCACCAGCAUCAUCUUUUUUCUCCAUGGAAGUGGAACAGAAUUCUUCUCGCGUAAGCCAUGCAUGUUGUAAGAGGCAACUAAAAUGCCAGGAGCAAGAGGCUAGUAACCCUUUCUCCUAUAUAUGUUACUAAAGUUAAAAAGAGAAACUUUUUUUUUUUUUUUUUUAAGCCACCUGCUUUGGUGAGAUACAACCAGUUUGUUGAAAGAAGAAAAGGAAGGUUAGCAUAAGCACCACUGUGACCACAAAUGCAAGUUUUCACGAUGAAUCUUCCGCCAGUGUGCCCAUGAUGAACUCUAGCUCAAGUUCCGUCAAAGCUGUCAUCACGGCUCCCGAAAUCAUAAUGACGUGAUUGGAAACAAACCACUUUACAGGCAUGGAUUGAACUCUCAGCUAGUGAGUUGCAAAACUCCAGAUUGGGGACUUGAGCUAGAGUUUGUCACUGCCAUGCUGGCGGGAGAUUCAUUUGUAAUAACUCGCAUUUGUGGUCAAAGUGGUGCCUAUGCUAACCUUCCUAUGGUGUAUAAAUAUACCUAGUUGGAUGAAUUUUAGUGUAGCCAGCUGGCCUAACGGUUAAAGCACUGGUCUGGAGUUUUACGAGUCACUAACCACGAGUUCAAUCCUCGCCUGUACCACGGAUUUUUUGCAGUCAUGUCAUUACAAUUUCAUGAAUCAUGAAUAAAGAACAGAAAUACCAAACCAGUGGUAAAUAUCUUUAUUAAUAUCUAAACACCAUCUGUUAUUCCAGUGUUUCAAAGUAUCAAUCCAUAAUCAGUGCUAAAAUUAUUAAGAACAAUUGCCAAGCAGAAUAGCUGGUCUGUAUCAAAAGCAAAAAUGUUCUGUUUAAAUAAAGUCAUCAGAUUAUAUAUAUAAUUAAGGUACACAAGUAAACUUAACAAUAUUGCAGUGUCUAGUCUAAUAUACUUUUUUUUCAAAAGAGAAAUGAAAGUUUCUCUUUUUACAUUUAGUAAUGUAUACAGGAGAAGGUGUUACUAGCCCCUUGCUCCCAACAUUUUAAUCGCCACUUACAACAUGCAUGGCUUACGGAGAAAGAAUUUUGUUCCAUUUCCCUAUGAAGUUAAUAUUUAUACAUUGUGUGAAUGUAAUGGAGUUGCUCAGUUGAGGGCUUAUUCUAUAGAACUGUACAGGGAUUCAGAGAUGAUGUCUAAUCUCUUAUAUGAUGCUGUUAAAAUUUUGAAAUAUUCAGAUGUAAGAGGAUGAUUGUUUAAGUGAAAGUGAUUCCUAAUUGCAUAAUUAGAUGUUUUAGACAAAGGAAGGCCAGUUUGAAACAUAUAGCUACAUUGUUCCAUAUUUGCUUUCACUUAUCUAAACUACUUAAUCUUGCAAUCAAGGAUCAUUGCCUCUUCAACAGCCAUCCUCUUAUAUCUGAGGAUAUCACAGUUUUGACAGCAACAUCAAAGAGAUCAGACUCAUCAUUUCCAAAUCCCUGUACAGUGUUAGAAUAGUCUCAUCUGAACAUCUCCAUUACAUCUGUUCAGUUGUUCAUGCAGUGAGCCAUUUUAUACGUGAGUACAUAACUCUGUGUUUGUAUAAAUAUUAGGUCAGAUAUUGUAGUACUGUUAGGGUUGUGUGUGUGCCUUAAAUAUAUUUUAAAACUGAUGACUUAGUUUUAAUAGAAGAAUUUUCUUUUGUUGUAGAUCUGUUAAUUUGGUAUAUCUGUUCCUUAUUCAUCUUAUAUUUAAGUACAGUUUUGCCUUCUUUCACAAAUUCAGACGAGUUUUUAUCAUUUCACUUUAUAUAUCUACCGUGUAGUGAAUUCUUAUUCAGAAUGAUGUAUGCUCUGGGGGGGGUGUUUGGAUUUAAAGAAAUUGAGAUUUUUUUUUAAUCACCUUGCCAGACAUUAUUGCAUUUGAUUUCUCUGGUAAUCUCUAUUAAUUCAGAUGUAUUAACACCCCUUAAUGCAGGUGAGAGGCUUAUGAUCCAAGGAAUGUGACCCAUCUUCCCUUUCCUUGGAUUGAACCUGAUUGCCUCCCAUUUCAUUAGGUAGUGUGUGUGACCUCUGUGGAUUUAGUGCUUCUCCAGUGAAUGUAAUAAUAAUAAUAAUAAUAAUAAUAAUAAUAAUAAUAUACUGUGGAACCACUUUGAAGAAGUUCUGACGGCUGUGUCUUCAACAUGAGAGACUUUUUCAAGCUAAGUGUUUUUACAUUCAUCUUCAUAAGUAAUGUUUUAUAUAUAGUUAUUACAGCUGUUAAAAUCUGUUCCUUGUUAUCUUAUUAAAAUAUGAAACAGUGACAAUGUAAUUCAAUCAUAUUCCUGCAACUACAGGCAGACUUGAAACCUUAUGGCAGAGAUCACUGGUUGUAAGUCAUUUAUUUGUCAGCUUAUCAGCUGUUGUCAGACUUUCUCAGAAAGUUUCAAAAUAUGGAAAUAAAUUAUUUACAAUGGAAAUCCCUUGGUGCUGGUGAAGGGAUCUUGGUCUAAGAAAUUUGACUUAUUCUCCCCAUCCUCAGAUCAAACCCAAUUAACUCUCAUUUUCCAGGUGCCAUAUGACUAAAAUGUUUUUAUCACUUCCCAGGGUAAUGAUGAUAAAGAGUGGAAAUAAAGCCUCUGAAUGAAAACAGGAGCAAGCAUUGCAAAAUGCAGCCAUGAUGGCCAUCCCAGCUUGAUGAACAUGAAUUCAACUUAUUAUUGUGUGUAACACAUUUAUAAACACAAGUGUGAAUGGUUGGGUAUACAUAAGUAGGAACUGCCUCGCAUUGUACAUUGUCAAGAUAUUGUGUGCUUGUACAGUAAUUAUUGGCAAUUGUAGAAUUAUUCAAGGCACUGAUUAUUUAAACAAAAAUGUUAUUCAACUGCUGUAUUUAUAAUGUAAAUAAAUUAACAACAUCUGC